AUGUCUAGCUCUAGACGAUAUAUCAGAUUUGAUGCUGAUGUGGAAACCCCAGAGCCAAAUACUCCACCCUUGAAAAAAGACGAUACUAAAUUUACAAAAAAGCUUUCAAGAGUGUUCUCAGAAGACUAUGCAAAAACCAAAAACACAAUUCUUGAUCCUCGAGGAUCAACUUUGAAUCAAUGGAACCAACUCUUUCUAAUCGCAGCUCUUGUUUCACUUGCUGUAGACCCUCUCUUCUUUUACUUGCCUAUAAUCAAAGAUGGAAUGUGUCUAGAUGAAGAUGUUACCCUCAAGAUAUCCCUCACUAUCAUACGUACGAUUGUUGAUAUGUUUUAUGCAAUCAAGAUUUACGUUCGGUUUCGUACAGCUUACGUGGCACCUUCUUCCCGCUUACUUGGAAGAGGAGAGCUCAUUCUUGAUGCUUCAAGUAUUUCUCAAAAGUAUCUAAGAGGUGAAUUUUGGCUCGACCUCUUGGCCACACUUCCUGUACCACAGGUGAUGACUUGGUUCCACAUUGUGGAUAAAACCGAGAUGAUGAGCACAAAAACAAGCGUCCUAUACUUAAUCAUGAUUCAGUUCAUUCUAAGGCUUUGUCUUACAUUUAGAUUAGGGUCGCAUAUAUCAAAGCAAGCCGGUCUUGUGGCUAAUGUAGCUUGGGUUGGGGCUGCUUACAAUCUCGUUCUUUUCAUGUUGGCUGCUCAUGUUAUCGGAGCAAUGUGGUAUCUUUUAGCCAUUGAAAGACAAGGGUUAUGUUGGGUGGAAAUAUGUGAUAUUGAAACCGAAUGUAAACAUAGAUAUUUCGACUGUGUUAAUGUCAAUCUCCCUCCUCGAGUAGCAUGGUUCCCAACGAGCAAUGUGUCCAUUAUAUGUGCAGAUGCUGACAACUUUCAGUACGGAUUGGUUGAAGAUUCAGUGAACUACAAUAUUGCUUCUGCAAAUUUCUUUAAGAAGUAUUCAUAUUGUCUCUGGUGGGGCCUCCGAGGUUUAAGUUCAGCAGGACAAGAACUUCAAGCGAGUCCAUUUAUAGCAGAAACACACUUUUGCAUACUUAUCGGGAUCACCGGGUUGGUGUUAUUCGCGUUGCUGAUUGGAAACAUGCAACAAUACCUGGAGUCGAGAACAAAACGAUUAGAGGAGUACAGGGUGAAACGAAUGGAUACUGAACAAUGGAUGCACCACAGACACCUGCCACUCGAAAUGAGAGAACGUGUACGCAGACAUGAUCUUUACAAAUGGAUUACAACUCGUGGGGUUGAUGAAGAAGAGAUUCUUCGAGCACUUCCAUUAGAUCUCCGAAGAGACGUCAAACGUUAUGUUUGUGCUGAGUUAGUCAGACGGGUUCCUUUAUUUGAUCAAAUGGAUGAACGAACAGUGGAUGCGAUAUGUGAGAGAUUAAAGCCUGUGAUAUGCACACCGGGGACUUGUUUACUUCGAGAAGACGAUCCAACGAACGAGAUGUUGUUUAUAAUGCGAGGUCGGUUAGAUUCCUACACCACCGGCGGCGGCCGAUCGGGUUUCUUGAACCAGUGCGAGAUCGGUCCGGGAGACUUUUGCGGCGAGGAACUGCUUACAUGGUCGCUGGACCCACGUCCGAAAGUUAUCAUCCCGUUAUCCACACGAACAGUCACCGCCAUAUCUGAGGUGGAAGCUUUUGCUCUUACUUCAAAAGAUUUGAAAUUUGUCGCUACACAGUUCCGAAAGCUUCAUAGCAAGAAAUUGAGACAUACUUUUAGGGUUCAUUCGCAUCAGUGGAGGACUUGGGCGGCGUGUUUUAUACAGGCGGCUUGGAAAAGGUAUAAGCGACGGAAAGAGGCGGCGAUGCUUAAGGCUAAAGAGGGUUCCGGCGUCCAUGACAUUAAGAAGAAGACAAAGAGUGGUAGAAUGCUAAGUGGUUUAUCGAUAUUGGCAACAAGUAUGAGAGCAGGUCGGGCAUUUGAUGCUGACGAUGUCAUUCGUAGCCCUGUGCCGAAGCCCAAGGAUCCUGAGUUUUUAGACGAUGAUAAUCAUUGA